AUGGCCAAGUGGGCGACCACCGAGAGACUCUGGAUCUGGAAGCGCAAGAUCCUACCGAAGUGGAUCCGCGCUGGAGCCAUGCCCAUCGAUCCUUCAGUGCGCUCAAAGCCAAGAUCGCGAACUACUCCGAUUCUACGGCACUUUGAUCCAGAUCGGAGGGCCACGGUUGUGGUAUAUGCCAGCGAUUGGGCCAUUUCGGGAUCAUUGAAGCAGGAAUACGACCAAAUUUACUAUACUCUGAGGUCGAAUGAGCUAAACUAUGGCAUCGCAGAGAAGGAGGUAUUAGCCCUUCUGCGGAUCCUGGAUCUCAACUACAAUGCACUGAUCGGGCGUCCGAUCCAUGUGUUGACCCGACACUCAACAUUGACGUGGCUCUUCAGAUCCACAGCCCUACAAGGACGUCUAGGACAGGGGGCGGCUCUGUUGUUGCCCUGGACACUUGAGAUCACCAAGUGUGUCAAAGGAGAGGACGAGAUCUUAGGAGCACUGGCGGUCAAUCAGAAGUGGAAGAUGUUUGGAUCUAUUGCUAUGAAUUAUGAAGUGGAUCAGUUGGAUCUAGUCUUCUACUGCCCGACAACUAAAGAAACCGCUGCAGCUCGAGAUAAGUUGAUGCGAUUGGUGGUACCUGAGACGCUUCAACAGGACAUUUUGCAUCACUACCACACGAGCCUACAGGGUAGCCAUCAAGGGGUCGGCCGCACCUGCGAUCGGAUCCGUGAUCAUUUCCACUGGAGAGGACUGUACAAGAGUGUACAGCGAUAUGUGUGGGAAUGUGUCGAUUGUGAAACAGGCAAAGGACGACCCCAGAUCCAGGGCAAGUCACCUGGUAACCUUCAGUCAACAUACCCAUUCUAG